AUGUCCGCCAAGACAACGCUGUGCGCGGCACUGACCCACGAAAUCGAAGCCCUACACACUUUCUUUGAGGGCUGGUUCAACGGUACCCUGUCGAAGAAUACCUUCGAUUCCGCUUUCCUUCCUCGAUUGGCGCUGGAGUUCACCAUGAUUCCCCCAUCAGGCACGAUCGCAUCCCUGCCAGAUCUGACCGGCAAUCUCAGAAACGCACACAACACGAGCCCUAGCCUUGAGAUUGCCAUCCAAAACGUCGUCAUCCGCCAGACUUUUCCAGGACAUGCCCUCGUCACAUAUGAGGAAUGGCAACGCACCAAGAAAGACCAAGGCCCGGAGAUUACUGCCCGCGUCUCCACUGCACUGGUAGCCACCGGUGACACCCCGGUCUGGCUGCAUUUACACGAGACCUGGAUGAAACCUGAAAGUCCGCCAUCCCGCUUCCUAGACUCCUGA